CACAAAAACUAAACAUUUAUAACAAAAUGAAAUUCACCUUUGUUCUCCUUGCCUGCCUGUUCGCCGUUGCCUUCGCCAACGAAGAAGCCGAUGUCGUUAAGGAAUUCCGUGAAGUCAACAAGGAAGACUUCAAAUAUGGCUAUGAAUUGACAAACAAAAUCCGUGCUUUCCAAGAAGGUCAUUUGGAGGAUGAAAAAACCUGGAUUGUCAAGGGUGAAUAUGAAUUCGUCACCAAGGAUGGCAAACAUGUCAAAGUUACCUACACCGCCGAUGACUACGGUUACCAUCCCAAAGUAGAACAUUCCGAAUAAAUUAGUAAACUAAUAUUUAUUUAUUAAUUUAUUUGCCGUUAAAUUGUUAUAAUAUAACAAUAAGAAAUAAACAUUACACAAUUUAUU